AUGGCCUCGAUCAUCGACUCCAUAACAUCAGGCUCAGAGCCUUCCCAAGGCGACCCCAACAUUUCCUGGCCAAUGGAGCGCAUCACACACCCACAUCCUUCCCAAGAAUGGCACCCAUCCUCCCUCAUGCCAGGCCGACGCGAUAGCACCGCCUCCGAAGACUCGGAGGACAGCUCCGCAGACCAAGACACCCACAUUUCAAAUUAUCCAAAGGGCACGAAAUCGCUAUCGGGAAUCUCCCUGCGCGCUUUUCUUAUCGGUACAUCCCUCGGCAUUACAAGCACGACCACCCUCCUCCUAAUCACUGUCUUCCCAACGCCCCUCUGGCGCGUCCCGUUCUUCAUCGCCUCGCUCAGCGCAUUCCAUUUCCUCGAGUUCUACAUCACGGCUACAUACAACACGCGCGCUGCGGACGUGGAAGCUUUCCUGUUAUCCAGCAAUGGGUGGGCCUAUAAUGUGGCACACGGAUCUGCCAUCGUGGAAUGUAUCGUGUCGCACGUGUUCUGGCCUGGACAAUUUACGCUGGGGAAAUGGCUUUCUGUGACUGAACCUGUGUUCGGAACUUCUAUCCAGCUACUUCUCGUUGUUGGGUUGCUGCUUACGGGGGUUGGUCAGGUUAUUCGGUCUUUUGCUAUGGCGCAAGCGGCUAGUAAUUUCAAUCACCAGGUGCAGUCGGAGCAUAGGUCGGGCCAUAUGCUUGUUACGCAUGGGCUAUAUCGGUUUUUGCGGCAUCCAAGUUACUUUGGGUUCUUUUGGUGGGGUCUGGGGACUCAGUUAGUGCUAGGAAAUGUGGUGUGCUUUGUUGCGUACUCGUUGGUGCUGUGGAAAUUCUUUUCGACGAGAAUUAAGCGUGAGGAGACAUUCUUGAUUCAAUUCUUCGGUGCUGAGUAUGUCCAUUACAGGCAGUCGACUCCUGUUGGAAUUCCCCUGAUUCGUUGA